AUGGCGUCCCCUCCACCUGAACCGCCCUCAAGGUCUUUGAACCGCCAAGAAGUCCUCGAAGAGGAUGAAUACACUGCUGCGCUCUCGCGUAUCAUCGCACGCGACUUCUUCCCGUCACUCAUCCAUCUCGAUGCUACCAACGAAUACCUGGACGCCAUUAGCUCGCAGGAUCCACAUCUCAUACAGGCAUCCGUUCGUCGUCUCCAACAAAUAAGCGAAACCCCAACCCCCCGUCGCGGGGGUCCAUGGCAAACGCCGUCGCAGACACCAUUGGGCAGCGGCCCAUUCGAGACACCCCUGCGGAGUCCCGCAGGCGAGCCCCCGCCCAAGCGUGCGCGCUACGACAGCGACAUGAGCCUCGACUCGUUUCAGACCAAGUACACCUCCGAGGACAACGCAAGCUUCACACAAAUUCUCGACGACGAGAACCGGAAGCGGCGAGAGAUGUGGGGCUGGGCAUGGGAGGCACAGAAGCGGGUUGAGGCGCAGAGGGAGAGGAUGCUGGAAGGGCGCGAGAAGAUGCUGCUCGAUGCUCCUCCUGUCCCUGGAGUGCGCGAGAAGUUUAUGAUUGAGCAGCCAAAACUCGCAGGUCUCAUUACCGCAAAGGAGGAUGCAGGAGGCAAGAUAAACGACGACUCCUCAAAGGAUGAUGGAAGCAAUACACAAUUAAUUCUCGCUAACCAGAGCGAACCGGAAGAAUUUGUUGACGUGAUGGCACCUACGAAGGACACUCGGUCUGCUGCUGUCGACGGCUGGAAAUUCAAAACUCGCAAUUCACUCAUGUUCCCUCCUGACGCAGACGUCUCUCCGUACGAUCCGUCAACAGCCGUCACCAAAGAACGCAAGAAAGAGGCGAACCCCAAGAUCGUGAAGCACGCAAACACGCGACUGCCGGAACAAUCUGAGACUGAACCUCGCGCUCGCUCGGAGCCUCCAAGUCCCACUCGAAGUCGAAUAGAAGCGGCAAUCACCGGCACACCCUAUCGACCAAAGUCACCUCAGAUAAACAACUUCUCUCUGGUGCCUACUAUGCCAUCGCUUUCCGCGGCUGAGAUGGGUCCGUCUGCCGUUAGACAGCUUAUGACGUGGGGAACGCUCAGUGCAACCCCCCGUGUCUUGAAUCAGUCCGAUGACCCCGCUGAAGCCUUACCUCCCCCAAGUACACCGUUCCACCUCUCGGCACCAUCAAAUCGAGAAGCUCUGUCCCAUAGGCUUUCGGCGCAGGCAUCAAAAAACUUGCGUGCGAAGGCUGAACUGCUGAAUCUCACACCUACCCGAGCAUCGAAGCCCGGGUCUAUGGGCCCUCCAUCCUUCACUCCUCGAAGAGUAGAUGCACCAGGAAAUUUGACUCCAGCGGCAAGGAGACUUUUGGAUCGAUCUACAAUGGGAACAGCCGCCGCUCGCAGAGCCGAGGCAAUGCAGCGUACUUCGCAGUGGCAGAGCAACGAACGUACUAGAGAAAAGGAUCUCAGUCAUGUUCGGUGGACGCCAACCCCCACGGCAAGCGGUCGCAAAUCAUGACCGUGUGUUGCAUCCAUGUCUUGUACUUUUGCAAUGUCACAGACCUACAACCGUAUGUAAAUUAAAUAAGCACUAAUGAUAAUGUCAUGAAGUGGAGAUUUUGCGCCGUUUGGUGUCGCGUGCAUCCUCGGCGUCGUUUGUAGACUCUCCCGUGGUGGUGGACAUUUUCGUUUCCUCUCUGGCUGUAGCCCUCUUGGGAGCGUCCGCGGCUGGCUUAGGUUUCUUCUUCAUUAGCACGCCUUUGAGGGAUUUCUUCGCAUUCGUCUCCUUCUUUGCCAGACUAGGUUUGCUUGGCU